CUUCGGCGAAGGAGAACCGAAGCAGCGCGGCGGCGCCUGCGGACGCGAGAACUCCAGCGUCGGCAGUCUGGGCGUCGGUGAGAUUGGGCGAGCCGCGAAUGUGGGCCUUGUGGGCUGCCUGGCCUCGUGAGCUACAGCCUGCGGCCAGCAGUGCCUGGUUCUGCUUCUCCCUCACGGACAAGUACGCAGAAGCCAUUCGCCUACCGCCCGCCGUCUUGCCUUCCCGUCCAGCGUCUGCCCCAGCGGCCCAGCAUGCAGCACCGCGCCCUCCCCCACUCCACCGCGUCUGCAGUUGCCAGUUGGCAUCGCGCAUCGGCAGCCGUCGGCCGCGCCGGCCCGCCGGCGGAUUCCGCUUGCUCGGCGCCGCCACCGCCUGCUGCCUAGCCGCCUCCACCGCCUGGGCCCUCGGCACCCGCCGAUCGCGCCGGCCGCCGGCGGAUCCCCUCGGAGCACGCCGCGGGCGCCUGCAGGGUGCAGCCGGCCCGCCUCGGCGCCUCGCCCCCAGGCCCCGACCCCCGUGCAGUGCUCCUACAGUGCAACAGCAAUGCAGCAUUGAGCCAUUGAGGAUUAAGAAUUUGGUCAUUUGGAUUGGAUUUUUGGGGAUUUUUAGUCAUUUGGUGAUGAAUAGGGGAGCAGAUGAAGCUGUUGUGGGUAGGGAAGAUAUAGGUGCAGAUCAGAUCGAUUCAAACAACGGCGGCAUUACCACCACAACGAGGCAAGCAACUUCAAUUCCAGUAAGAAAGAAGCGCUAUAAGAAAAUAGAUUUGAAAAGUUUCUUUGGUACUACUAGUAGAAACUCAGCAAGUGAAAGUAACUCGGGCCCAAGCACUCAUGAAAGUGGUUUUACUCAAAACCUACAUGAUGUCGUUGUUAGCCAAAAUUUUAUGGUAGAGCUCCGCCCUAUGUCCUUUCCUGAGCUGGCUUUGCCACUGACGCGGACGGCCGCUUCGUUUUCACGGCUGUGCAGUGGUAGCCGAUAUGGUCACCGCCUGAUGACCCUGGUGCUCGUGCCGCCGGGCGACCGAGGCUCCGACGGAGACGAACUAACACGCGGUGAGGUCAACUGCAAAGUUUUGGGAUUUGAUUCGGCGAGGAAAGACCGAGGUGUGCUGUUUGGAUCAGAUGAUCCUGGUCACAACCUGUGUCGUUCGCUCCCCCGUAUCACAGUCUGGUCGCAGCAUGUGCUCCUCGUGUAUGAUCUGGUCACAGCUCAUGGCGAUCUGCUUCGGAUUUGGGACCGGAUCUCUGCUCGAUCCCGGGCUCGAAUCGGCAGCCUCGCCCUCGCCCGAGUUUCUUUCCGGAUCCGGCAGUCUGCGCGUCAAUAUAAGUCCAAGCCUAAACCCUACACGAUCCCAGAAUAG